AAAUUUAACCUUGUUGCAUGUGCCGUUACUUAUCUGAGAAAAUCUUACGGACAAUGAUUAGGUGUGGUUGACAAGUUGUAUGUAUAGCUGACCUCUCCAGACAUUAUGCUGCCGUCUGUGAUGGGCCAGCACCUGAUUAGGUGCUGUAGGGUACUAACCAGGGAUAGGACCCUAUGGAGAAGGGUGAAUCUGGUGGGAAGGUCUUCUAAGGGCACCACUGCAACAAGUGUUAGUCAAGCAGAUUUUAAGACUGAUGUAACCCAAGCACUUGAGGUGUCAAAGACCACAGAUUCAGUCCCAUCCUCUGAUUUUACACAUGGGGAAGUAGAUGAAGAUGCAAGGCUUAUAGAUCCACAAGCUCAUCUGCAUUCAAAGAGACGGCUGGAAAACGAAGUGAAGGUUUGCAACACAGUGUUGUCUGUGCUGUCCCAGGUUACGAACUUGAAAAUGCAGCCGAUUCACGCUUACAUUGUGUUAGAGCGCUUGAGUCAGCUGCACGCGGUUGAUCCAGUGGGAACCCAGCAGGAUAUGGUAGAGGCUCUUCAGAAUCCACUGUACUUGAAAAUAGAGCAAGUUUUGGAUCGGGAGAUUAUCCGCGUUCCACCACAUAUGCUCCUGAGCUGUUUGGGCUUUAUGCUGAGUCUUACGCCGGAGGAUAAUCACCUAAUCAAGUCACUGGAGACGCAAACAGUAUGGUUGAUGAGGCGUUUUACCAUAGGUCAAAUGGUCCGCGUUUUGGAAAUUCAUCAUGAUCAUCAGGAGACGGAAUUGAGACGGGAAAUGUAUCGCAAGGCGCUGACAGCCGUGGAGCAACGCUGGGUGGAAAUCUCCAACCCGAAAGACCUUAUCACGCUGCUUUAUCUGACCCUUCAGAAUUCUCCUAGGCUCAGCGAAAAACUGGAAGAUAAAGCUUUGGAGCUAGCAGAGGAUAUGUCUCCAAAGGAAUUGUAUAGGGUUGCUUAUUUACUUGCUAAGAAACGUCACAGAAACACCCCUUUGCUGCGAGCCAUUACUUAUCAUCUUAACAAAGCAAAGCUGUUACUCUCCACAGUCCAGUUAACAAACCUGCUGUACGCAUGCAGCACAUUGAAUAUUCGAGACAUUAACCUUCUAGAAAAAAUUUCUGCAGGAAUACGACAGAAGGGGAAUCAAGGGCAGCUGAACAGUCACGCUUUACUGGCUUCCAUAUUGCAUUCAUUUGCAAACCUUAGAUGGCAGAACCCUCUGACUUUAGACACUUUGUAUGAACUGGUGCAGAAAAACUUGGAUGGGUUUAACUCCAAGGAUUUGGUGACAGUUUUACAUACGGCCGCCAAAUUGAACUACGUGUCCCCGCUGUCUAUGACAUUGCUGCCUGUUAUAGCAGAGAAGCUAUCUUCUAACAAGGAGUUGGACAAGAGGCUGUGGGUAGAUGUGGUAUGGUCUAUGGCCACACUAAAACUCCUCACUCAAGAAAUGGCAGCUUCUGUCCUCAGCCCUGAGUUAUUUCUCAGUGUAGCAGGUGAUGAUGCUUUCAAGACUUUAACCCGUCACAUCAAAUUGUUGAACAUCCAAGCAGCAGCCGAGCAUGAGCUGCAGUGGUAUUCUGGACCAAAGUUACCACUUUAUUCUGAUGACAAUAUGGUAAAGACACUGCUGAGGAGUGACAGACCGCUGGCCCAUUCAGUGUUAUCCGUGCUGAACAGCAUGGCACCCACAGAUCAGUACAUGAAGACUGGCACGAUGUCUGAAAGUGGCUAUUAUAUAGAUGCUGAUCUCUUCGUCAACUUAUCAGGGCAGCCUCUGGUCUACAAAGACUUCUGUGGUAAAGACACAGCUGGGGUGAAGAGAAUUGCUGUUAAAGUGUUAGACUUCAGUGACUUGACAUUGGAUACCAAAGUCCCCAUCGGACUUCAUGCGAUGGCUUUCCGACACCUGGCUGCAGAAGGAUACUCUGUUGUACAGGUUCCCUAUACCGAGUUUGAUGAGAAAGCUACCGCUGUCCAGAAAGUCCAAUAUUUACAACAGAAAAUCAAUGUUGCUAUUGGGAAGGACACAAGUUUCACAGGAACCAAUGUGCAAGCCGAAUCUACAGAACCUUCUUGACUACCAACUAAAAAGUAGACAUUUUAAUAGCUUUUGGAUAUAGUGUCUUUGUGCCGAGUAUGUGCAAAUGUUAAGAAAUAUCAUAGUGUAUUUGUUUUCUAAAUCUACAACAUCGGUGUGUAAUAAGUUAAUUAAAAAUGUAAAAUUCCAAAAACUGAGUUUGUUUGAUAUUUUUGUAUAAAGUAUCUACACUAAUCCUUCGUUUCUUAUUCUCAGCCUUGAACAAGCCCUGGUUAAUACAUCCUGUUUGGCGCUCAGAAUAUAUUAACAAAUUGGGUACAAGUUGGCUCCGUGUCACUGUAGUUGACUGUGUUGGGAAUUAAACCUGUGGUUUUCCACUGCAAUGAGACAGCCUUGUUAAUAUGGCCAACUGGGAUACCUUGACUAAAAUGUUUAUGUGCAGUAGUGUG